GCGACCGUUCCACAAGUAAACUUUGAGAGGCUUAGCUAAUUAACAGAUAGCAAAAUUUUGCACAUUUGCUUCUUCAUAAUAAACGCUCAAAAGGGCACUAGUUAACGCCAGAGUAUAUUUAGUUUUAGUAAAUUGAAAAACGGAUAAGUGGAAAAGGAAAACAGUAGUGAAAGUUAACGAAAUAAGAUUAGCGUUACAAGAACCGGUGUAACCUAGAAUGUCAAAAAAAUUAGUGGAUAUAAUCCAAAUCGAACAACAUUGCACUAUUGUUUCUACAUACUUUAAAAAAGUUGUGUAAAUUUACGUCUCUAGAUGCACAUAAAAGGAGCGUCGCAAUUACAUAUCAAAGCAUGUCAAAAUGAGUCAUGGAUAUCAUUAAUUUUACAGCUAACGGAACUGAAGUUGACAUCGAAGCAGACACAAUAUUUAUUUUCACAUGUUGACAGAUGUCAUCAUUAAAAAAAUUACGAGAUGCAUGAAUUUACGUCAAGUGAAAGUUUAAUUUUUCCGAAGAGUAUAGUUUCGUAGUUUGGGUAAUCCUGUUUUGUAUUAGGAAAUUAAUCUCACCAUAGUUUGCGAAGAAAUAACUCAAACUGAUAAUCGUUUACCUAAGGUGAUGACUACAACCAAAUCUGCUCUCAUUCGCGAAGAAACUUCUGAUGCGAUACAUAGAAUUGUUCUCGGUUUCCCAGACAAUUAUCAAACAUUGCUUUUGGAGCCAAUCUUUGCCGAUUUGGGUGGUAUAUGCAAAAAAAUCACUGCACUAACUAACUACACUGCACUGGCUAACUACAGAGAAACAGAGGAAAGUUAUUUGCAAAGUGGUGAGCUACAGAAAAAAUGGAAAGUGUAAAGUCGCAGAGAAUGGGCGCCAUAACCGAUGUUGAAGAGGAAAGUGCUAACGAAAAAUCCGAAGUGGUCAACAAGAUUCAACGUGUACAGGAUAGGUCAAUCACUGUGUCACUGAGCAACGAUACAACCUGUGGGUUUUGGAUUUUAAAAGGAAAAUAUUUACAGAUAUUCGCCAACAAAAGAUCCUUUGUCUUCUUGAACGGAGUGAUCGGAUGUCUUGUCACCGGGAGUUACUCCUAUUUCAGUGGAACCAUCAGCACCAUAGAGAAAAGAUUCAAAAUUCCCAGCCGGAACACCGGAAUCAUUUCCGUCGGAAACGAUAUCAGUUCGCUGUUCCUGUCGACCGUGCUGAGCUAUUACGCUGGUAAAGGUCACCGUCCGCGCUGGUUGGCGUUCAGUCUGUUGACAAUCGUUGCCUUUUGUUGGCUCAAUGCGUUACCUCAUCUGAUCUAUGGACCGGGUGAAGCUGCACUCGGUUUGACCACGAACUACCACGAAGCCGCUGAUGACAAUUCAACAGAGAUAGGCUAUGGUGUUCCAAAAGGUGGAUCGUUAUGUCGCUUGGAAAGGAUUAGGGAUACCGAAUGUGAACUCGAAGAAGGCAAUUUCGCUCCGCAGGUGAUCCUGUUUGUCGCUCAACUCAUCUCCGGUAUAGGCAGUACGAUGCAUUACAAUCUGGGUAUUUCCUACAUGGAUGAUAACAUAAAAAAGUCCAAAUCUCCGGCACUUAUAAGUGUUUCUUUUUUCAUGAGGAUGUUGGGCCCGGCCAUGGGAUACACGCUGGCCUCGUACUGUCUGGAACUGUACAUUUCACCGACACUGACACCGACAAUCACAAAUGAGGAUCCACGCUGGUUAGGUGCUUGGUGGAUCGGAUGGCUGGUGUUGGGAUCGUUAACGGCAAUAUUUGCCUUGCUUAUUGCAAUGUUCCCCAGGCAGCUGCCACGAAUUGCUGCACGGAACAGAAUGUUGGCUGAGAAACGGAAACUAAAACUGUCUCUUAUGGAUCCUAAAGAGAAAAGUGACCGACCGGUUUCAUUCGAGGAUAUGAUUGAAGCUUUCAAGCGUUUGGUGAAAAACAAAACCCUCAUGUUGAAUAAUUUCGCAACCGUUUUCUACUUUUUUGGUUACAUGCCAUACUGGAUUUUCACUCCGAAGUACAUUGAAACGCAAUACAAACAGUCUGCAUCUACGUCUAACUUCGUUACUGGAACGGUGGCAAUGACAUUUUCAGCGAUUGGAAUUCUGGUUUCGGGUCUAGUGAUUACAAGAUACAAACCACGUGCACGCUACUUGGCAGCAUGGAAUGUACUAGUCGGGAUUUCAUCGGUGAUGGGAAUGAUCACCUAUGCCUUCCUGGGAUGUCCAGCUAGCGAGAGUUCUGUUACGAUCAAUGAUCCAUCAGCGUGUACUUCUGUAUGUCAUUGUGACUUUGUACAGUACUCACCAAUUUGUGGAGAAGACGGCAACACUUACAUUUCUGCGUGCCAUGCUGGAUGCAAAAAUCAGCAACGAAUCGAAGAUGUUGAGACAUACAACCAGUGUUCGUGUGUAUUUGAUAAAAAUAUCUCCUCAAAUUUCGUACAACCAUCAAAUAGUAGCUUAGAUAGUUUCAAUUCUUUCAAUAGAGAGCCGGCGGAUAACGGCAAGGCCUUGGACGGACCAUGUCCGGUGGGCUGUCAGAGUGAAUUUCUUAUCUUCCUAGUGGUGAUGUGUUUCCUGAAGUUUUCCGGUGCAACGGGAUUGACCAGCAACUUGUUGGUGUCGGUGCGGUGUGUCGAGAUUGAGGAUAAAACCGUUUCGAUUGGCCUGGGAAUGUUCAUGGUCAGUCUGAUGGCACUAAUACCGAGUCCGAUCUUCUACGGAUAUGUCCUGGAUUCCACUUGUCUGGUAUGGGGGAAGACAUGUUCGGGACAAGGCAACUGCUGGUUGUAUGAUGGAGAAUCCUUGAGGUACCUGUUGAACUACACAGCAGCGGCGUUUGUGCUUCUAGGGACAACAUUAGAUUUGGGAGUGUGGUAUUACGUCAAGGAUCUAGAGAUAUUCAAUGAUGAUGAUAUUUAACCAGCAAACAGCAAAACUAGGUUGGUUGCAGAAGCGUCUAAAUUUUCACUAAUUCCUGUAGCUCCCAUGUUUAACUUCGCAUUACUCUGAUAUAUUUUGAUUUCAGCAUCUAAUCAUUAAGAAAAAAAAGAAUUAGUUGUGAAUUAUAAGUAUUAAAAAUAUCGAAUACC